AUGAAGUUGUCCGCUCUCGCUACCUUGGUAGCGGCCGCCGAGGCCCUGCCCCAGUUUGGAGGCGGCCAGAGCUACACCAUGUUGCGGUUUGGCUGCGCCCAAACCGUCAUCGACCGCAUCGAUCCUCUCGUUAACCCGGGCGUGGCUCCGUCGCCGCAUAUGCAUCAAGUUGCGGGCGGAAACGCUUUCAAUAUCACCAUGGCGUCGACUGAUAUCAGCAAGCUCGCGACUUGCACUACUUGCGGCUACUCAGAGGAUCUCUCCAACUACUGGACCGCCAACCUAUACUUCAAGGCGCGCAACGGCACCUUCCGACGCGUGCCCCAGGUCCCCAACCGAGACCUCUUCAACGACAAGUACACGGGCAAGACCAAGGGCGGCUUCGUCGUCUACUACGUCGGCGUCAAGGGCCAGAUGACCGCCUUCAAGCCCGGCUUCCGCAUGCUCACGGGCGAUGCCAACAACCGCAAGAGCGCGGGCAGGAAGACACAGACCUGCUUCCGCUGCUACACCGCAAAGAACUUCGGCGGCGACAACGCGGCCCCCUGCCAGGACGCCACCCUGGAUACCGAGGGCUUGCCCACGAAGGCCUGCCCCGGCGGCAUCCGCUCCAACAUCCUCUACCCGACGUGCUGGGACGGCAAGAACCUCGACAGCCCCGACCACAAAGCCCACGUUGCGUAUCCCACGGGCGGGCCUGCUGCGUUCUCUGGCACCGGCACCGGCGGAGCGUGCCCGUCGACGCACCCGGUUCGCAUCCCGCAGGUCAUGCUCGAGAUCGUCUGGGACACGACUGCGUUCAACAACCAGGCUGACUGGCCGGCCGACGGCUCGCAGCCAUUCUUCCUCAGCACAGGGGACAACACCGGCUACGGGCAGCACGGCGACUACGUCUUCGGCUGGAAGGACGACUCGCUGCAGAAGGCCAUGGACGACGGCAAGGGCUGCAUGGGCGCCAACUGCGGCAGCCUGAAGACGCAGGACCCCAGCGUCGGGAAUGCGUGCGUCGUGCCCAGCCGCGUCCACGAGGAUAGUGAGGGCUGGAUGACCGAGCUCCCCGGAAUGGAGGGCAUGCCCAUGUAA